AUGUUUUCACGUAGCAAGCGUUUCAUUCAAUUAGUUGGACCGGAUGUAUUUUAUUGGUUUCCGGCAUGUAUACUAUUAGGAGCAGCUUUUGAAUUAUUUAAAAUAAAAUUCACAUUUAUGGGUGUGAACUACUAUACGGUAUUUAGGAAGAAACAGAUGCAACAACAAUUAGAAGAUUUUGAGAAUUGGUUGAAACAAAUGGAUUCAUUAUCUGCACAAGCUGUACAAUCACAAAUUGAAGCAAGGAGAGAAAAAAAGUAG